GCCCUCAGGGUUUUCCGCUUGUCCCUCCUCAGCGAUCGCUCAUUCGACAUCAGUGUGCCGCAGCUGCAGCAGCGAUUCCGGAGCUUGCAGCGCUCGCUGCACCCCGAUUACUUCAGCCACAGAUCCCAGAAAGAGCGGGACUUUUCUGAACAGCACUCUUCCUUGGUUAACAGAGCCUACCAAACCCUUCUGAGUCCCUUGAGCCGUGGAUUAUACCUACUGAAGUUGAAUGGAGUAGUACUUGCAGAAGGGACAGACAGUGGCAUAGAUGUGGAGUUCCUCAAGGAAAUCAUGGAAAUCAACGAGACACUGGCAGAACCUAAUAACGAGGCUAAAAUAGAAGAGAUUGAAAGUUUCAUUGAAGUUAAACUAGAAGAAUUGACCAAGAAUGUGAGCAAAGCUUUUGAAAAAGAUGAUCUCCAAGAAGCCAAGAACCUUCUAGCCAAAAUGAAAUACUUUAAAAACUUGGAGGACAAAGUGAAGAGUAAGAAGAACCCUUCCUAAUAUCUCAUCUUUUGCCAUUAAGACCUGAUCCAAUUGACUAAAGCAGUGAUUGGUAGUUUCUGAUUCAGGAAGUAAAAGAAGCACAACCAUUGUGUAUCUUUUGAUUUUUUUUUUUUAUCCUUCUUUACUUACGGAAACAGAAGAGCUGUGCAGAAGAUAUCCAUGUGCCAGUGUCAUUAGUUGGCCGUCUUGGAAGUGAAAUGUUGGUGGCAAUAAGAAUUCUGAACUGCUCAGUUCCAACUGCUGGCUUUUUGGCCACACUUCUUACUCUCACUGUUUACGCUGUCUGUAUCCCAAAACAUGUGUCUAAUCGAUCCUUAGUGGACAAUAAAUAACUGAAUAUGCA